CUCACAUAUCUCAUCUUUCCACGGCCAGGUGCAAGGACACAGGUACUGAAUUGCACUACAAAACCAAAUACUUAAUACCCUCUAGUCAACCAGCACCACGUUUCUGCAGUCUGAUUGCUAACGACCGUUAUUACCAGCGGAUCCACAGCGCUUACAACCUUGUCUUCGUUUUUAUGACGUUUUCUGAGUAUUCUAAGCGCAGGGAAUGUCAUCACAGGCGCGAGGCAUACAUAAUGCAUUUUCUCCACAGCAAUUCUCACUUCUUUAAUGUGGAUACCCCUGGAUAACGAUACACGUGUAGUACGUGCUCGUCGUCCACACGCUGCUUUGUGCUCUCUACAACGACAUCCUUUCGCGUUGUCUUCGACCGGCAUUCAUGUUAUCCUCCCAGUGGUUAUUGAGGGAACUCCAAAGAAUCUUUCAUGACCAUACAGGUAGCUGCUCACCGUUAAAGGUUAUUAUUGCGCUUUGGGUUUUCUUGCGGCGCCGGUUCCGGCGUUAUUCUCGAGCUCUUUGCAGAAAAGUGUAUACAAAGAGUCCGCGACCUAGUAACGACCAAGCCCCUGGUAGAACCCCUGACGGAGAGCGAACAAGGUGCAAGAACAACGGUGACGUAGAGAAGCUAUCAUCGGUUGACCCAACCCAAGAUUCUCUACCCAUUUUCUGUCUUCCAGGUCUUUCCUCCCUAUUGAACGUGCCUCUGGCGUCUGAAGGUAGUCUAGUUCCUAACGGGGCGGCACCCGUACGACAUGUGAGGUGGUCUCUUCCAGUUUCCACGCCUGCCCUUGCGACAAGCGAUUUUGAUUCAGCGGCCUCCGAGGAGGAUGUUCGACCACUCCCACCGAUUCCGGUACAAGACGAGGGAGUGGACACCAAUAUUUUUCCAGGCGGUGCUCCCUCAUCGCCUACUAUAUUGACUUCUGUGCAUCCUCCCUUUUGGCCAUUGGCGCCCGAACAAAUUCAGAGAUACACAAGAGAAGUUACCAUAACACUGGAUGAUAACACGUACUGGGUCGAUCCUUUGACGACUAAGUUUCCUCCCCAUCACGUCGAGCACGGUUGGAUGCCCUUUGUGCACCCCGAAGGUGCACUUUAUUGGUUUCAUCAGGAAAAGAGGACAUUCACCGGUGUUGAUUUGUGCGACCAAGAAAAACUGCAAACCACCAUGAAGUAUAUGGAUAAUAUCUAUGAAUUCAUUCAUGCAUACAACAUAACAAUGCCAGCAAAUGCCGAUCUUGUGUUUGAGCUCGUCCGGGACCCGGACACCGGCGAGCAAUGCUGCGCGUACUACUUCGCGAGCCACGACACUCGUUCCGUCUUCUGGCUGGAUGACUUCAAUGCAGCCUACUUCAACAUAUGGGAUGGGGUCAAAGGCGUCACCGAACCGUCCCAUGUUGGUCUUGAGAUAGAGGCUCAGUAUUGGUAUCACUGCCAACUGUUCCCGACGUGUACGGAAAUGACCAUGGGUAUUAUCGAGGAGCUCAGAGAUAUCUUGAUCCAUAACAUAGGAGAUACAAUGACUUCAACCUUAUCCACCUCCAUCUAUAGCGUUUCCGAGCUACAAGAUAUCAUCAGUGUCACAGAUUGCGUCGAGAAAUCAAUUACUUCUGGACCAUCUCGACGUCCAGGUUCUGUGUGCAGUAUCGGCCGUAUUAUGUUCAUCUUUUUUAGGAACCGAUUCAUUAACUUUCACGGUCAACCUGGUGCCCGGCUUGCGCGCGAUCAGUUAAUCUAUGAGACGUCGGCCAAACGAACCUUACUCGUCACUCUGCUUUCACCAUUCCUAUUCUUCACGCCCGAUAUUCACCUUACUACACUAAAAAAGAUCGGGGGCGACGGAUAUCUCCACACCCACAAGGCGUCUUGGACUAGCUUCACUGAGAAGCUCAACACCGAAUGGCAAGAAGUUACCCUCUACGCUACUGUUUUACUCAACGCCAACGUUGCUUUCCUGGCUAUCCAGAGUGUUGAUGAUGCUAGUGCUGAUGGAGGACGUUCGGCAGCACAAAUAUCGAGCUACGUCUCCAUGAUUGCGAGCAUAGGCAGUAUGAUCUUGGGUACUCGUAUGAGGGUUCAUGACUCGUCCAAAGACUCGGUGCGAUUCCUGCGUUUGACAAAACGAAACAGUAGAGGUAUGGAGACUCUGGCUAUCAUGUACAGCCUACCUACUGCCUUACUCAUGUGGGCAGUGGUCUCCUUCCUGGUCGCAUUCAGCAUAGUUUGUUUCACUGCCAACAGUUUAUCUGACCGAAUGCUCGUGGGUGGUACAUGGAUAAUCGUUGGCGUCCUCAUACUCUGGUGCAUUGUUGCAUUUUGGGAGGUCAAACAAGUGCAUGUUCCCUAUCUGUCCAAAGUCGCGGCACUGGUCAAGUAUUGGGACCGAUUUCCCAUGAAUCUCAGGAGGAGAUUUGCGAGGAGAUUUGAUAUACCUCGGAUGAAGAUGAGGCCGCCGACUCACGUGGUGGACGUGUGAUCGAGGGAUGUUUAAUGCUGAAGGAGAGUUGAUCUUUUCGCACCGGGGUCUCGUAGUGUUUUUGGUGUUUAAAUUAUUUCCUUGCGCUGUGCGCUGAAGAGUAUAGGAGCGGUAAGAUUUUAGGAUAUUCCGAUCUCAGUACUACUGUCAUAUGUGCUCUGUUGUAUGAUAAUUAUCAGCUGGUCUACUUAUCUAUAGCACACGUUGUGUUUUACUCCUUCUCAUGCGUCUAUAGCUUAGCCUCUUUGAUAGCCUCCGCGACCUUCUUGUCAAAGAGUGCCUUGGCCUCAGUCCAUACUCGUGCAGUCUCCCGAUCGGGAAGCUGGAGCAAGGAGGGGAAAAGGUCCGAGCUGAACUGCACUGAGGCCUCUCUUGGAAGCAAGGAAGGGAGAUGAUCAAUAGAUAUCACGGACAGAGGCGGAUUUUCAGCCCUUGAAAUAUUAAUGAAUUAGCAUACGAGG